GUGUGUUGGCCAUGGCGAUGGCACGGACGUAGCCGCAGGGGGGAAGAGAAAGAAAGCGAGCGAGCGAGAGCGAGACACAGUCCAGAUUUAGGGGUCGUGUUUGAGAAUGUCUUGAUCUAAGGUUUGGGGUUCUAUGUCGCAAGAACUGGGGAACGAAACUACGCUGAUGGCUCCCUGUGAGUGUCAUAGUGGUUACCAGCCGGCGCCCAACCCGAAGAUUGGCACGGGUUCAGCUAGUCGGAGCUUGGAGGAAGGGUUGGAGUGCCCGGUGUGCUGGGAAAUCUUGGAUGACAGAGACAACACGCCGUAUGUUCUGUGGUGCGGACAUUCCCUCUGCAAAAGCUGCGUCCUGAACUUGGAGUGGGCUACAGUGAAACUGUCCGGCCUCCCGCUCCAGCUGCCGCUCUUCAUUUCCUGUCCUUGGUGCCAAUUCCUGACGUUUAGAUUCAAGUGGAAGGGUCAACUCAAGUACCCGUGCAAGAAUUUUUUUCUACUGUGGGUUGUGGAAAGUCUUCAAGGGGAGCACGGCCGCCCUCCAGCGUGCACGAAUGAGACAGAACUAGCCCCGAUGUUUGGGCUCGACCUUGCAUCCCUGAUAACCUCCCGCGCAGGCCGUGUGGGUUUCAGCGCCGCUUCUCCAGGUGCCAUCGUGACGGGAAAUUCCGUUGCGGCAGUUGGCGAUUGGUGGAACUUCCAUCAUUGGCAGCGAUCUGGCACUCGUGUCGUGGCCUCUCUUUUGCAGUUCACGGCGAGAAUCCCCCUUGUCCUGUUGUUCCUGUUCAUUGUAGUGUACGUGCUCCCUUUCAGCACCCUAGUGCUUGCUCUAUACUGCUUGAUCACCGUGUUGUUUGCCAUACCAUCCUUCCUGGUGGUGUAUUUUUCAUAUCCAAGUUUAGACUGGUUAGUGCGAGCUAUUGCGUCCUGAAGGACGGUAAGUCUCUUCAUGUAGUUGCCGAACAGUGUUCCCAAACAAUUAAUAUUAUUGCCGUAUAUACGGGUUCAUUUAAAGGA